AUGCUAAACGAAAAAGAGUACUUAAUAAAUGAAAUCCAACAAAAUUGUAGGAUAAAUUCAUCUUCUAGAAAUGGCUCUCCUUACAAAAAAAGAGAUAAAAUACUGAAAGAGUAAUAACAACAGAGAUCUAAAAGUGAAUUUGAAGCAAGACGAAUUAUAAAUAAGAAGAAAAAUAUCUUCUAAGAUUAAGAUUAUCGCAAUUAAUACUAUCAAAAUAUUUUAGCUCUUCCUUUUAAUGAUCCUCGUCCAACUUAAGAAAUGAUUAUGAUUUUAAUGAAGAAUCCAGCAGUUAGAUAGGAAUGCGAAAUAAUAUUUUUAACACAAAUACUGUGUUAAUACCCUUUCUUUUCUAAAAUAAAAUAAUAAUAUGGACUUUAGGUUUUGUAAUAUAUUAGCUAGCUCGCCUUCUAUAAAAGGUAUGAUGAUAAUGUAAAUAUUGACUUUUUAGAAAACUCAAAUUUGAUUCUAAAAGAAACAAAAGAUAAGAAUUAGAUCAAUGAGGCAGGUGAAUAAAUCUUAUUGGUAUUAUUAAAUGGUUAAGCUGUUAUGAAAAAAAUUAAAUAAGAUAGCAUUUAAAUAAAAGCAUAAAAUUAGUAAAAUGAUGAAAUUUCUCUCUAAGUAGGUUAGCCCUUAUAAAAGUUGAAUACAAGCGAUUUAAUGAUUGAUUAAGGUGAUUUCGAAAGUAAAAAUAAAGAAUAUUAAUAUUUGACCCACUCAGUUUGUGAAUUUAUCGCUAUUUCAAUAUAGGAUUAUCAUUCAAUUAUUUAAAGAACGUUAAUAAGAUAGCAAAAAAUGAAAUAAAUUGAGAUAUAAAUUUUGAAUAAAAAUUAAGAGGUUGUUAAAUAAUAUAAAUUCUUAAAAAACAUCCCUAUUUUCUAAUAAUUUUCAGAUGCAGAUAUUUACGAUGUAAUGGUUAAUAUGACACUUGAGAGGUUAACUCAUGGAUAAAUUCUUUAUAAGUAAGGAGAUAAAGUAGAAGGAGUGUAUUUAAUUUACUCAGGCGAAUUUUAGGUAAUGAAGAAAUAAGAAAGACUUAAUCAAAUUAUCUAAUGUGAAGCUUUAUAAGUAGUUAAAGAUGUUAAUAGAUUUAUUCCUAAUAUGGACUAAAGUUUAAUAAUCUCAGUUAUAAAAGAGGGAGAAAUAUUUGGUUUUGAAGAGAUCAUUCAAAAUAUAUAACACCGUUAAUAUACAGUGGAAUCAUCAGCAAUUAACUCAUUUGUGUUCUUCAUGAAAGCACAAUACUUUUAGAAGAAGUUUAACAGACUUAUCAAUUAGAAUGAGUACAGUUAAUUGGUUAAAUUAACUGAAGAAAAAAUUAUGCAUAGAAAACAAUUUUAAGAUAAACAAGAAUAUUUAGCAUACAACAUGCUUGAAGAUAUCAAAAAUAGCUCAUUGGGAUAUUAAAUUUUUAGUAAAAUCAAAGAAGACCUUGAUAAUAGCAAUCUAAAUUAGCUUUUAAAGAAAAAGCAAUCAAAAGAAAAUUCAGAAUUAGUUAACAAUGAAAAAAAUAAAAUAUAUAGAAAGAGAUUAAAUCAAGAUUCGAUUAACUUUUUAGAGAAAUCUCUGUCACCAUUAUAAAAAACUCUACCCUUUUUGAAUAAAAAUACUCAAAAUUUUUCAAACUUAAAAUAAAGUUAAAUUACCUAAUAACAAAACAUUAUUAAACAGUAGUAAUACCAACAAUAAUUUAUCUAGCUUUAAACUACAUAAAGCAAUUUAAAUAAAGAAUAAAAUAAUUUAAUUUCUAAAAGUAAUUUUCAUUUUAGAUCAAAAACUCCAAAUUAGGAAAUUAAUCUAGAAAAUAACUCGUUUUUAUAAUCGAAGUAAAACACUACAGCUAUAUCGUAGUUUAUAUAAACAAAUAAUUCUACAAAUAGAUAAAAAAGAACAAUUGAUUUUUUGAGAGAAUCUCGUUGUUUAACAACCCAGGGAAAUGAAAUUGAAAGUAUGGUUGAACAACCUUUUUAGUAAAAUAAAUAUUCGAGAUCACUUUAUUAAUAAAAAUGGAAUUUUAAAAGAAAAAGAAAAUUAUAAAAUGCUCAUCCUACCUAAUAAAAUUUUGAUUUUCUCGAAUAAACCAACUAACUCACAUCCCCAGUUGAUAUAAAUAAUAGCUUGCAGUUGUUAGAUACUGAUAAUUAUGAUAGACUUUUUGUAUUCGUAAAAAGUAAAGAUUAAGAAAGGGCUUAAAGAAAAUUAAAUGAUUAAAAUUUUGGAAUAGUUAGAGCUGUUGAAAUAGAACAUCUAGAAAAUGGCUAAGUUUUUUAAAAACUUAUUUAAACUCAACCCAACGAAUCUAGUGAAUAAUUUGAAUUUUCCAACUAAAUUGAUGAUUUAAAGCCAAUUGUUUAAAAAAGGAAGUAAAUUUAUUAAGAAAUUAAGAGAGCUAUUUUACAGCAAACAAAUUAAUAAGAUAUUGGUAUUCAAAUUCAUGAUGAACUUAAUGCACCAAAGUAUUUAAAGAUAAAAUAGUAGAAAAUAAAAGAUUCUAAUUCAAAUUCACCAAAGAAAGAAAAAAGGAUAAAUGAGAAUGCUUUUGUCAAUGAAAGAUCGAUUUUGAUGAAGUUCUUAAAAGAUAAACAAAAUUAUGAAGGAGGCAAAAUAAUCUAAAGCACUGAAGUAGCACCAAUUUUUAACCAUAAAAAAUAUUCAGUUUAGCUAGGAUCAAAUUUUGAAUAGAUUAGCAACUCCAAUAAUUGUGAAAAGUAAGAUACAGACAGUAAAAAAAUAUAUCUAUCAUAGCGAACUUCACCUCACAGUCAAAGACCAAUAUCAAGAUUUAACCCAUAAUUGCAAUACUUUUAAUCUAAAAAAGUCGAUGAUAACCAAAGGAUCAUUAAAAGGGGAGAUAAAUAAAUUAAAUUCAGAGAUAACAGAUCACCACCUAAAAUCCUGCAAAUUUAAUGA